UCAUUUGCCGAAGAUCAUGGAGGUGGAUGCCGUUGCGCCAAAUGGCACAGAGGCCCAGUCGCGUCGCAAGUCCGGAAGAGUCAUCCAGAAACCAUCUAUUUACUCUCAAGAGAUCUACGAUACCUCAACUGCCCCCAACGGCUCGACAAAGCGCAAGCGAACAUCAACCACUCGCACCGGAGAUCAAACAGACGAAGAGGACGAGGAUGACGAAGACGAUGAAACCGAGGAAUCUGAAGACGAUGAAAGUGAAGAAGAGCCCGACGAGGAAGAAUUGAAGGCUAAGAGAAGAGCGCAACGUUCAAAGCCAAAGACAGCCAGACCUGCUGCAAAGAGAGCCAAGACAACAGAUGGUGCCAGCACAACAUUGGCCAUUCGCUCAGCUACGUCAAAAGGAGGAGCAGGAAAAGGCCCAAAGACCCAGAAAGCGCGUGCUCGACCAAGCCAGGCUCAUCAACAAGGCCUCUUCGCUGAAGUCUUUGGAAAAGGCCAAUCGGCAGAUGACGCAGCUGCGAUUUGGUUCGAGUCUGUCAAGUUGGAUAGUGUGACGGCUGUUCGAGAUUUGAUCAAUCUGGUCCUCCAAGCAAUUGGCUGUGACUCUAGAAUCGAAGAUCAAGAUGUUGUCGAUGUGGAUUCGGUCCCUAGCAAACUGGGAGAUCUGCUUGUCGAGUACGAGCAGCAGAAAUCUCCUGAUUAUCCUCUCGUCUCAAAGCACAAGCAAUAUGUGGGAUUCCAACAUGUCCUGGAAGAGUUCUUCAUCGCCGUCAUCAAGGCCCUGCAUGACUCGGAGUACUUCUACGAUCAACCUGAAGUUUAUGACAACAUCCAUGUGUGGAUUGCAACAAUGACUGGUGCCAACUACAAAUCUUUCAGACAUACCGCAACAUUGGUGUCUUUGUCAAUGAGUACUGCACUUUGUGAAGCUGCAAAAGAACUGCAAGAUACACUACCAACUUUCAAGACCCAAAUCGACGCCGAAAAGAAGAAGAAAAGCGUCAACAAAGCUCGCGUUAAGACCGUCGAGGACAACUUGAAAAAGACAGAGCAGAAACUUGAAACAAUUGACAGCCAACUAAAAGACGCGUUUGACACCGUCUUUGUCCACCGAUACCGAGACGUCGAGGAGAGAAUACGUGCUCUGUGUGUUGGUGCACUUGGAAAAUGGAUCGCCUUGUAUCGCAAGAUGUUUCUCGAAGGCCAAUACCUGAGAUAUCUCGGGUGGCUACUCAAUGACACCGCAGCCAUCACCCGGCUGGAGAAUGUCAAGCAGCUGAAGGCUCUUUUUCAGAAUAAGAACAAUGUUGCUGCCCUGAGAGGCUUCACUGACCGAUUCCGACCACGCCUUGUUGAGAUAGGGGCCAGAGAUGCUGAUGUUCAUGUCAGAGUCGAAGCGAUCGAGCUGCUUGACCGGCUACGAGAAGCGGAGCUGCUCGAGCCUGAUGACAUCGAAACCGUUGGCCGACUCAUUUUUGAUAACGAGCCUAGCGUCCGCAAGGCUGUUGGCCGAUUUUUCGUGUCGAAUGUCGAAGACCUUUACCUCUCUACCGUCGAGGAUCUUGACAAGGCUGCCUACGAUGAAGCUCUCCCCGAAUUUGAUUCAGAGCUAGAUUUUUCCGCUCCAAAUCAAUCUUGGAUCAAGCUCAAAUGUCUGGGAUACGUGCUCAACCAGUUUGACAAGGAUGAUGAGUCUCUUGACGGUUCAGCCGCACAGCCGCUGUUGCCGAACAUUUCUGAUUCUCGCCAUGCUCUUGCGACCCAAGCAAUCUUCCCCUUCAUGUCCGAGCUCCAACACUGGGAGACUCUGGCAGGGUUUCUCCUCUAUGAUCAUUCCACCAUCCCCACAGAUGGUGACGACCAAGACGUGGGAUUCUUGGUCCAACAGGCCUACAAACUCAGCCCAGGCGAAGACAUUAUUUUGCUUGAUAUCUUACACUCGAGCGUCAAAUUGUACCUACAAUCCACCCUCGACUCUUCUGCCAACAGACGCACCAACGCCUCCAAGGAUCAACUGCGCCAGAAACAGGAAUCUGCGGCUCAGAACCUAACGAUCAUCCUUCCGCAGUUGUUGAGCAAGUUUGGCAGCACCCCUCAGGCGGCAUCAUCCAUUCUCCGCAUUGAGCAGCUGCUUGAUGUUGGAUUGAUUAAUGAUCUCCAAAGCGGCGAAUUCACCUAUGCGACCAUCUUGGAAGACAUCAGCAAACAAUUCACCUCCCACUCAGACAAGACGGUUCUCGCAGCAGCUAGCGCCGCUUUCCGAACUGCUCGAAGUUUUGAACAGAGCAAAGAAGCAGCGGAAUCCAAAGUGCAAGAGAUCUGGUCAGAUUCCAUCACCACGCUAACGAACUUACUUGGAAACAAGCAGGUUUCGCAAAGAGGUACUCUGGCACUCCCUGUGCUGAGCGAGGUAGUCAACAUUGUUUCGCGCAUCACAGAACUCACUGGAAUCUAUGAUUGUACUCCUGUGAUCGAAGCUCGCAUGGAGUCAGCUACCGGCAAGAAACAAAAGACAAAGGCCGGAUCCCAGCAACAGCAAACCCUCCUUGACCUCUUCUUCCAGUUACUCAAGCGCGGCGAGCCAGAUGAAGACACGACUGAUGCAUUCGCUGAGCCCGAAGACCAGCUUUGUCUGGCACUGUUGGAGUUCUUCUCACGAUAUUUCCGGUGGAAGGUCGUGGGCCUCAAGAACUCGAUUGAAGCAAACGAUGCCUCUCAGCUCAGCACGCAAGCCUUGACGAGCCUGGUAAUGAAACGUGCGACCUUUGUGGAAGAGCUGUCUCCAAUCAUCAAGACCAGAUCACCACUCGACCCAGUCCGUCUCUCCGCCAUCAUCACUCUUCUCGAAUUAUUCGCCCUCUUCACAACAGCCCGACACUUCCGACCCGACAGGGACCAGCUAGACGAAGACGCCCAGCGAAACAUCAGCAGUCUCAUCAUCGAAAUCCCCUCCGACAUAGUCCAAGAAAUCCUUCUCACACACGAAAAGUUGGAGAAGAACUUUGCACGCAAGACACGCCGCAAGAUUGAGACUUCAUCAUCCUUGUCGCACAAACACGGCAAGAAAUCCAAAUCCGCCGCCGCCACUACCGUACAUGAGCAAGAAACUCAAGAAGACAUUGAGAAGCCACCUGAAGACUCUGACUCUGAUUCCGACAACGAGAGGAACGAUGCAGGCAAGGGCGACGCCGACUCUGACGCGGAAACAUCUUCUAACGACGAUGAACCCGUGCACGACAGCAAGACAGCCAAGAAACAAGCGGUUCUUCUUGCAGAACAGAACCUAUGCGACGUGACGUCGAAGAUCAUCUUCGCCAUUGUAGGCGGAGCUGUCAAGGGCGAACAAGCUUCACGGAUCAAGAGCCGCGUUCUGCUCAAUCGCAGUAAACUGGGUAAAAAUUACGCUGCGUUGGUCGCAUAUCUGGACGAGAAGAAACAAAAGAAAGAUAGCAAACGACCGGCGGGGGCCAAGAAAGCUAAGCAAGGUGACCUUGCAGCAACAGCGGCUAAGGAUAAAGGCGGGAAGAAACUCAGUGAGGCGUUGGUGUUGGAGGAUGAUGAUAUUGAGGAUGAUGACGAUGAUGAGGCUGAGAAGACGACUAGGAGAGAGAUCGAAGAGGACGAGGUUGAGGAUCAUGAUGUCGAGGGCGGUGGUGAUGAUGACGAUUCCAAUGACGGCGAAGGCCAGGACGACGAAAUCAUGGGCGACUGAGCUUGUCGAGUGUCAUAGGAGCUAUGUUUUGACCGUGCCAAGUGGUUUUCAACAGCAAUUGCUUGCUUGCCCGUUCGGAGACGGAUUACAGUACAGGACAGAACUGUACAGCUGCAAACACUACUGCUGGCUACAGUGGUUGGUGGAGGAAUUUUCUUUGACUUGUCAAGCUCUUGUGCUCCAUUAUAAGUCGAUGAGUGCGUCAAGCGGAUUAGUGGCCAGGUCGGAUUUGCUUGC